CCACCAUCACCUACACUGCCACUACCAGUACCAAACCCGAGUUUAUUUGUGUUUCCAAUACUCACUCACCAAACUAACAACUCAAUAUCUUCUUCUUUACAAUUCUUGAUUGAACCCCUUCUCUUUUUUAUUUGAACUUAUUUUGUAUAUAAGCAACCUGUUUUCUUCUUUCUUCUUCCUUUUCGUCUUACAAAACAAAUGUCUGCGAGUGGGUCAGUUUCGACGGUGUCGAGAGAUGAUAAUCUGGUGUUAUCUUCUGAGGAUUCUUCCAGUCCUGAUGAGUCUGACCUCGAGUUGGCACUUGGGUUGAGUCUUGGUGGUGGUGGUGGUAAUUCUGGGUUUAGGCUUCAACAACAAGCCACUUCUGCUGCCCAAUAUGCUCGUAUUUUCACUGCUAAAGAUUUCCCUUCUUCCUCUUCUUUUUCUUCUUCCUCUUCUUCUUUGAGCAAACCUAAUCAUGCCUCCGCUGGUACCAAGAGAAGUGCUGAUUCUGUGGCUAAUGCUGCCAGUCAAGUCGUGGGAUGGCCUCCUAUCAGAGCAUACAGAAUGAACAGCAUGGCCAAUCAAGCAAAAUCAGUAGCCACUGAAGAGUACAACUCAAUGAUCGAGAAACACAAAAGAAAGAAUGGUGUGGUAGAGAAGACCACCAAUUGCAGCAACAAGAACAAUGGCACAGCUAAAACCAGGAGUUCCCUGUUUGUGAAGGUGAAUAUGGAUGGAAUUCCAAUUGGCAGGAAGGUUGAUCUGAAUACUCAUAGCUGUUAUGAAACCUUAGCACAGACUCUGGAGGAUAUGUUCACCAGGCCAACUACAACUAUCACUGGAAUAAGAUCAAGCGUAAAGGAACAUGAUACAAGGGCGGAAGCAACAAGACAUUCAAAUUUGCUGGAUGGAAAGUCUGACUUUGUGCUCACUUAUGAGGACAAGGAGGGAGAUUGGAUGCUUGUGGGAGAUGUUCCUUGGGGGAUGUUCCUUAGCUCUGUGAAGAGGCUUAGAAUCAUGAGGACAUCCGAAGCUACAGGACUUGCUCCGAGGUUACAAGAAAGUAAUGGAAGGCUAAGAAACAAGCCCAUCUAAGCCGGUUUUCUUUUAAUCCUAUAAGAUGAAAACUUACUGUGUUCUGGAAGAUACACAAAGGUGAAAAAAUAGAUACUAAACAGUACAAUCAUUUUGACAAGCGAAGAUUGGUCCUGUACACACGUUUGUUUGUUUGUGGGUGCUGUAUUAUUUUGUUUUGAUUUUGUUCGUUCCUCGUUGCAAGUCUCCGGGAAUUCUCACUAUACUUUUUUGGAAGCCACAAGCACCUUACUUUUCUAUGUAAUAUAUAAAUGCAUACUUCAAUGAAUGCUGUGUUUGAUGCUGUA